UGUGGAAAGUGGGUAAGGAGGGCAGUGGAGAGCGGCGGAGAGGCGGACUGAUGACAGCUGUCAGAGCGGACAAAAACACUAACAAUCUCUGAAGAGAGGCCGUAUGGCUCGCCCCUAAACCUCCAGGAGAAACGGGCACACACCUCGCCGGUAUCGCGGGUUAUUCAAAGUUUUUAACAAGAGUGGUGGCAGUGCAGUGGCAACAUGGGGACACAAGGCUCUGGCAGAAAACGUGCUCCUGUGAAAGAUCGAUUCUCAGCGGAGGAUGAGGCAUUGAGUAGCAUUGCUCGGGAGGCGGAGGCGAGGCUUGCGGCAAAGAGGGCGGCUCGGGCGGAGGCCAGGGACAUUCGAAUGAGGGAACUGGAACGGCAACAAAAAGAGCUGGAUGAAAAAUGUGACAAACAGUAUUCAGAUUUUAGCCGGCCGUCCUCCCGCUGUGCCACCCCGGGCCUCUCUGCAGCCACCCUGGCAUCACUAGGCGGUACUUCAUCUCGACGGGGUAGCACAGACACGGGUAGCAUCUAUGACCCCGACACCAGUCUGAGUGAACUUAGGGAUAUCUAUGAACUAAAGGACCAGAUUCAGGAUGUAGAAGGGCGGUACAUGCAAGGGCUUAAAGAGCUGAAGGAGUCACUUUCAGAGGUGGAGGAGAAGUAUAAGAAAGCCAUGGUAUCGAACGCACAGCUGGACAAUGACAAAGGCAACCUCAUCUAUCAAGUGGACACGCUCAAGGACGUCAUCGAGGAGAUGGAGGAGCAAAUGGCCGAGAUGAGGAGGGAGCUGGAAGAAAAGUCAAAGGAACUAGAGAGACAAAAGCACACGUGUACGGUUCUGCAGCAUAAACAGGAAGAACUGAAAGAGGGAAUCCGCCAGAGAGAUGAACUCAUAGAGGAGAGCCAGCGAAUGCAGACUAAGUUAGAUGCGCUCACCAGAGAGGUGUUUGACCUGCAGGAAACGAUAAACUGGAAGGACAAAAAGAUUGGGGCCCUAGAGAGGCAGAAAGAGUACUUUGAUUGCAUUAGGAGUGAGAGAGACGAGCUCAGAGAUGAGCUUGCUGACAUCAAGGGGAAGUCCAAAGCAGGAGAGAAACACGGGCUGGUCAUCAUCCCAGACGGCACACCGAACGGAGAUGUCAACCACGAGCCUCUGUCCUCAGGAAUCACUUUAGUCUCCCAGGAGGCCGCACAGGUGCUGGAGUCUGCCGGAGAAGGCCCGCUGGAUGUCAGGCUACGGAAGUUGGCGGAGGAGAAGGACGAACUGUUGGCUCAGAUCAGGAAGCUGAAGAACCAGCUGGAGGAGGAGAGGCAGAAGCACUCGAAGGUGGACAGCACUUUCACAGACGGGGAGAAGAUGGAGAACGGUACAGACCUGCACGUCAUCGAGAUGCAGCGAGAUGCCAACAGGCAAAUUAGCGAAUACAAAUUCAAGCUUUCUAAGGCAGAGCAGGAAAUGGGUACGAUGGAGCAAAAUAUUAACAGACUUGAAGGGCAAGUGUCCAGGUACAAGGCAGCAGCAGAUAACUCGGAGAAAGUAGAAGACGAACUGAAAGCUGAAAAACGAAAGCUACAAAGAGAGCUGCGCACGGCUCUGGAUAAGAUCGAGGAAAUGGAGAUGACCAACAACCACCUAGUAAAGCGCCUGGAGAAGAUGAAGGCCAACAGAAACGCCCUCCUGUCGCAGCAGUGAGGCAAGGCAGCGUCACCACAGAAGCCCUUAAACUCGCACCUCAGACCUCUGACUGCCAUAUUGCGUCUGGAGCACAUUUCCAUUUCCCGCUGUAACACCUUAAGAUUUGUAGCUAACCAAAAACACUUCUACCCUUGUAGCACAGGCGAAAAACGGAACUGUGUCCCCACUUCAUCAUCAUCAUCAUCAUCAUCUUCUUUCCUUUUUUUAAACCGGAAACCUGGGUUCGUUUGGCAGCCGAGGAGUGACUGAAAAACCUCACUAAUACAACUCUAAAAGUUGCUGGGAGAUUCACCUGUAGACAUUUCUCAAGACACAAAUGAUUUUUUUUGUGUUAUUUUUUUUUCCUGAGCUUUUCACUACAUCAUGUUAUCCAGGAAAUUUUGUUUCGCCUCUGGCUGGGUGCUUGGCUGUACUUUUUUUUUUCUUUUUUGAUAAGUUGCAUGAAUGAAUAUACUGAAUGCUUUUAAACCCCGGCGGCUGCUCCGGCCUCCCACCUUCCCAGUCCCCCCUCACACAGUGAAGUGCCUUUUCACACCCGGAGACUGGGAGUCUGCACCGCUCCACCAAACAACAAUAAUUGUUUUAACAGGUACAGUAUGAUGUAUUUAAAGAAAGAAACACA